GUAACGGGAACACAUAAACAAGUCUGCCCGGUUUUGAGGCGUUUCAAUAAAUCUUUAAUAAUAGUCUUCUCAAUUUUCUUCCGGAAUGUAAUUUACCUGUAUACCUUAGUGAAUAUCUGGGAAAAGAGGAAAGAAAAACUAUGCCAAUCCACCAAGAUGUUCUGUCCAAAGCACUCCACAAAGUAGGAGCAAACAGGUGGAUGCGAAGGAAGUAUUAAGAAUGUAGUAUGCUCCGGUGUAUAGGAAAUGUGUUCCUAACUCUAAACGAAGACGGGGAGUACCAGGUACUAAUGCCAAUAACUCAACGAUUUGGGAGUUUCGUCGAAGGGACAACGACAAUUGGUAUGGGAUCCGACAUUGAUGAAAUUGAUGUUGAAUUAAAUGACGUCAUAGAAGAAGGAUUGGAAGGAACGCAUGUGAAAAACGUUAAAACAAUUGUCUUGGUAACAGACAUGUUUACACCGCCGGGUUUUGUGAAAAUGAAAGUAAACGCAGGAGGAAGAUAUAAGGACUUUAUAAUCGAGAAAGAUGGGAAUUGAAAUUGCCUUUUGUCCAAUGUCUACACGGAUGACUAUAAACAACACAUGGCUGCCCUUCUUCAAACGGGACAGGAUCCGUCAAAUCUUGAAAAACAUGGACCUGCUUUGACUAACUUCAACGAACCAGAAAAUCAAAUUGAAUCAAUAGAUGCUAUAAUAGCAUUUCAUUGCAAGACCGGUUUAUCUUUUAACCAGGAAUUUUUCAACCGUAAAAGGUACUACGGGUGGCCGAGACAGUCGGACUUGGAAAAAAUGAAAGGUCAAGGAUGUCUACUGGUCCCUACUGGCCAUAGCCGCUGCGACAGAAAACAUCGCAUUCUACAGUGGAGAAUUUCAUUCUCUUUCCAGGAACGACAAAUCAUGCUAAACCUCAGUGAUGUACAGUACAAGUGCUAUAUCCUAUUAAAACUAGUGAAAAAGUCUCACAUCUCACCAGUCGUAGGUUUGACAUCUUAUCACUGUAAAACAGCUUUGUUUUACACGAUUGAAAACACGGCUAGUGAUAUUUGGAGCGAAGGAAAUUUGCUAAAUUGUUUCAUUCUGUGCUUAAAGAGACUGAAGAAGUGGUCGAGGAACCGUUUCUUUCCGAAUUACUUUCUCCCAGAACUGAAUUUAUUCACUGGGAAAAUAGAUAACCAGGGAAUGCUUCGGUUGGCGCGAAUUCUGUCAAGCAUUAUGGGUAGCCCAAUUGAGUACCUGCAGAAAAUAGCAACUGACAGUUUUGGAAAGUUAGUUCACCUGUAUGCAGAAAAAGCUACAGAUGAUGGGAAGAUCGAAGAAGAAGUGGAGACAAAUGUGGCAAAAAAAUUGCACAAACUACUUGUAGAUAUAACAACCUCUGUAUUUCAUAUCAGAAGCAUCGUUCUGCAAAAGAUAUCAUACAGAUGCACAGAUUUGGAUGAGAUUAUCCAAAGACAUUUAAAGUGGUUACACACCCUCAUAUCGCUUCAUGAAAAAAAUGCAGUUGGAGAGUAUCAACUCGAUCGUCUGAAUUGGGUUCUUCCGCAUGUCAGCAGAUUUUUGCAUACAAGUCUGGCAAGUCAUUUGGCAAUAAAAGCUGUGGAGACAAAAGAAAUUCUUAACGGGAAAGAGAAAGAAACUGUGGAGACUGAACAAAAAGGUAUGGAUACAGAUGAGGUAAUGACUAUAGAGGCAGACAAUGUAGCUAUGAAAAUAGAAGAAAUAGGUGUGGAGACAGAGAAAAUCGUAACGGAGACAGAAGAAAGAGAUGUAAAGAGACAGAAAUCAGUCACGAAGGAGGAAAUAAAAAUAGAUGUGGAGCCAGAGAAAACGUUGAUAUGUUGGCUGACGCUUAAUGCCUCAUACCACUUCUGGAUGGGACUGGACUCGGAUGCAAUGUCCAGUAAAAUGAAACUCGCAACUGUUUUGUUAUAUACCGGACAUCUUGAUAUAGAAAAAUUUAAAUCAAACUAUUGUCCAACUGUGAAUACACAAUCACUGUGCGACUGCACGGCAAGCGUUAGAGGAAACCUGAUCAGAGAAAAUGAUUAUGCUCCUUUCGUAAAUAUGUUCAAGUUGUCUCCACUGGAAACUCUUAAAAUGAGUUCAUCGGAGUACAUCGAGAAAUAUGUAUCCGCUUGUACUAUUUUCUUACCCACCGAGUCCAAAAUAACAUUCUAUCCGCUACAGUUUGAAAUGCAUCGAGCUUUUGGUUCAUGUAUAACCGUUUUUGACGACUACAAUCAAAUCAAAUUUAAAAUGAGCAACAGUGAAUUCGACAAUUGCGCGGCUUUGGAUUCGAAAAUUUACGGAAUCUUACUGACAGUGCUCCUCUCGGAAAAUAAUGAAGAGAGGGAACGAAACAUUCGGUUGUUACAAAUGUCUAGCAAAUUGGACUCGUUAGCUCACAGAGAAACCACAUUGAACCUUUCAGGAUGGUUUGCAAGUGCGGGGAACAUAAACGAGAAGUCGUUACAUUGGUAUAAACAAUCUUGGGUUUAUAAUAUCUUACAGCAAGAUUUUAAGUUACCAGCGAUGGCGGUAAACGAUAAAAAUGCUGCAAAAUGGCACCUGGCUCUGCUUCUCUUUCGGGCGUGGGCUCAUACGGCAACAGCAAAAAAACAGUGUUGAUUAAACUCGUUUCUGGUUUUAUUUUUGUUCCGAGCAUGAACAAAUCGAGAAUGUUGACAUUUAGCUGUCUCGAAUAUGGACUUGCUUAAAUCCGGGAAUAUGCAACGUGUACAUGGAACUUGGCUUUAUUACUUUUCCAAAUAUUGAUAAAUCAAGUACCGACGAGAAACAUAACCUAUGAUGAAAUAACAUAGAUCUGACAUCAUCGCUAUGAUCCCGAAUACGCAAUCUUGUAUUUAAACAUCUUGCUUUGCUAUAAAUGCUACUUAGUAUAGACUGACACCCGGCUCUUUCGUGUAACGUUCAGCCUAGCUGAGAACCUGUAAGUCGCGUAGUGGGCUUUGCUGCAGAUUAUUACACAAUAACACUGGGAACCAAAGUGACGUUAAAUGCGGAAACGUCAAAAGUAACAGCAGUUGAUAUUUUUCAUGUUUUGUUUGAUCACAAUGUUUAAAUGCCUUCAGGACAAAUUUGAAAAGAUUGCAUAACAUCAAUAUUGUAAUACUUCAAGGUACAGUGACCUACUUUACUGAAUGGGGAUGUAAGCUUAAAUGUAAUUUUAUUAUAAGGUUACAGGCUAUUUUAAGUAAUUAUUUAUCUAGUUUGGUCUUGGAACUUUUGAUUUAGACCAGCCUCACCUACUUUAUAAAUUUAUAUAAGCAGUAAUUCUUGUUAGAUCACUAGAAACAGCUGACUUCCUGGUUUUGCAGACAUGCUGUUGUUGUUGUACUUGCAAUGCAUUGUGGGUAGUUGCUUAGCAACUACUGCCUAGACUUUGUUUACAUUGUUGUAUAUAGAAAUGUCAUUUAACUUUAAAGCAAAUAUGCUUUCUAGAAACUCAAUUAAAAGGAAAUUUGAUGUUAUAAUCAUUUAGAUUAUUUAUUUUUCUUUCUUUUCAUACUAAUUUUAUUUAUGAUCUUUAAUGUUUUAAUAGAAAUAUUGGCUUUAGUUUCCUUACAGUCUAAAGUUCACAGCUUCCACAACUCACAGUUUUUAGUGUGAAGCUGGGUUCACAUUUAUUUAUGUGGAGUUCACAUAUCCUCACAUUUUUGUGUGUGCACUUCCACAACUAUUUUUGUGAAGUCUGGGAGGUAUAAAUACCCCACUCUGCCUGUUUUCAGGGUUCACAAUCUUAAAUCUCUGGCCUUGAGCGGCUGUUAUAGUCAGAUAAUUUUAAAGAAAUAUUUAAAGAAGUCUAGCAAAUUUUAUACAAAGAUAGUCAUACUUGGUGUGUUUUUUACCUGCAGUAUUUUAAUAUUUUAACUUUUGAUAAGCAUUUUUAAACUCUUAGCUGAAUAAAACUGCUAUUUUUCAUUGGAUCAACUUUAAAUUUUAACUGUUGCUCUGAGUUGUGUAUUAGAAGCUUACUGACAGUUAUCAAAAUUAUCAGAGGCUGGGCUUGAUUAUUAUCUUUAAUGAAUAAUAGACCUUAUAAGUAAAAAUACCAUAUUAUCACACUAUUCUUGAGAACUGUGAAUUAUUUACAGAAUUACUCCGUGACUUUUUUUUAAUGAUGUUUGAUGCUGAACAUGAACUGUUUCUGUUGAAAUUCUUACUUCAAUAAACUAUAGUUUAACUGUCAAA